UAAUCUAGGACUCUAGUCUAGAUAUACUAUGUCUAUGGUUGUAUUAUACUGUGAUUAUAGGUUUGUUCGCGUUGCUUGAAAUUCCCAAAAAGUUCUGCACUGAAAACGAGAUAAAUAUAUAUUCGGAUGUUGAAGAAAGUGAAGACGAACUGAGUGCAAAAAGUUCAAGCAACGCGAACAAACCUUAUAUUGUGGUCGAGUGUUGACAAGACGAUGCUCAACGGUUGUGUCUCCUGAACGCGCCUAUUGUAUUGGCCGUGUGGGCCAGGCUGUCUCAGGCCCGGUGCCAAUAAGUAGAAGAAGAAGAUAUAAUAUAUUACUGAAUGGUUUAAUUAUGCAAAAUAUACAAAAAUUAUACCAGAAAGCGCUAAAAAUGUAUCCUAUGGGUAUGCAGGCAGUGCAAGCUGGAAUAUUAAUGGGACUUGGUGAUCAAAUUGCACAGAAUUUUAUAGAUAAUUCGAAAACCAUUGAUUUGGUACGUACAAUGCAGUUUGCUGGGAUUGGUUUGUUUAUUAGUGGUCCAGCAACAAGAACUUGGUAUGGUAUUCUAGAUAAAUAUAUAGGUUCUAAAGGUUAUUCUGUUGCAAUAAAAAAGGUUGCGUGCGACCAAUUGUUAUUUGCACCUACAUUUAUAGCAGUUUUAUUAGUUACUAUUGGUAUUUGCCAAGGAAAAGAUAUUGAAAAAAUAAAAAUUAAAGUGCGAGAUGAAUAUAAUAACAUUUUAAUAAAUAAUUAUAAGCUUUGGCCUAUGGUACAACUUAUAAAUUUCUCUAUAGUACCUUUACAUUAUCAAGUUUUAGUUGUACAAUUAGUUGCUCUAUUUUGGAAUAGCUAUAUUUCAUACAAAACAAACUUGGACAAACAUAAUGAAUUUAGAUAAAUAUAAUUGAUUGACAAAUUCGUAAUUGUAAACAAGAUUAACAUAUAUGUAAUAAUUAAAAUAUUUCAUAUUAGUAAUAAUUAAAAAAAAUAUCCUGUAAAAAUAUUUGUUUAUAACUAUAAUUUUGUUGAUUAUAUCACAUUAUAUAAUUUUUUUAUAUGUACUGGUAUUAAAAAAAAAAAAGACGUAGCAAAAGUAAUGACAGACAUAACAAGAAAAAAGGAAAAAGAUAUAUAUAAUGCUAUAAAGAUAUAGUGUUAAUGCUUUAUUUAUAUAACAAUUUUUUUUUUUUUAAGUAAUCUCAAUUGUGAAAAUUAUAAGAGCAUGUGUAUGUGUGUGAUGUGUGUAUGCAACAUAAGUUAUAAACUAAAUUAUAUACAUAUAUUUUUUUAUUUCAUAACUUAUUAUAUUUAAUUUAUAUUCUCAAAACUAAUACUCUCUCUCUCUCUCUUUCUUCAGUGGGUUAGAAGUAUCAUAUCUUUAUACAAUUUGUAAAUAUAAGUACAUAUCUCUAUUAUAGUAUAUAUGUAUGUAGUAUAUAUGUAUUUCUUUAAUCAUACUUAUCAUCAUCUGAAAUCUUAAAUAAUGUUACUCAAAUAUUUGCAUUCUUUGAGCCUUGCCAAAUCAAUUAUGUUUAGAGUUUUAAUUACAAGAAAAGAUGAUAAUACUACUGUUCGAUUUAGUAUAUAUAUAAUAUUAUGCACACUAUUUAGGCUGCAUUCUGAUAUUCACUGCCAGUACUGAAAAUCUAUAGUUUGUCAUGUACACUAUAGAUUUUUAGUAUUGGCAGUGAAUAUCGGAACGCAGCCUUAGAAAUACUAUGUACACUAUCAUUUAAAAGUAUAUUGGAAGAUGGUUGUAUAACAACUAAUAACUACAAUACUUAAUAAUAACAUACUUUUUGGGUGCAUAAAUGAUCUUAUAUAAACAUUGAGUUAAAAUGUAGUUUUUGCAAACGUGUCUACAUAAAUAACUUUUAAUGGACUUGCUUAGUUGGAUGAAACAGAUUUGUAACAUAAUAAAAAGAUAAAAGCAAGACAUAGUUUCAUAAAAUUUUGCAACAGUUUUGAUAGCUGUAAUAUCAUCACUCUAUGUUUUCAUAUAUAAAAUAUCAAAUAAUAUAGUUUAUGCAUGCGUUUUUUAAAUAUAUUUUAUCUUAACAAAGGUAUCUGAAGAAAUAAAUUUCGUUUAUAUUAAUGGUAAAAUGUGAUAAUCAAAUGUAGCUUCAUGAUUAACUAUCAUUGAUUAUUAUGUAAAAUAAAAAAAUAAAUUUUGGAAUAAAAGAUUAUUA